CUGGCAGCAGCAACACGUAGUAGACGGUAGCACCGCGACGAGGACGCACACGGCUCGUACACGUUGGCUAGUACUCGGUAGACUCGGUUCAAGCCACAGUUACUCGGUCCGGUGGCGCAGUCGCGUUACGCGUAUAAUAUUUUUUCGUAUCUCCGACCGCUACCAGAGCAUAGUCACCACUACACCACCACCACCACCACUACACCAUCGUCGCCCGUUACCACCACCUGCAUCGUCGAGCGUGUCACACACGCGUAACGUCAGCAGGACCGCCGAGCAUCGCGAGUUGCCCCUGGAAGAUAAGUUGCAGAAUCCAAGGUUUCCCAUCCACGAGACAGCGCGAGAAUGAAGCUGUGGUGGAGUUUGGCGCUGGUAGGUGUCACCCUGUUGAUGAUCGUCGUCAACGUCAAGGCGGAGUCCGAUCUCUGGGAGGAGGACGACAAAGAGGUUCUUGUGCGAACCGUUCGCGGCACCAAAGAACGGGCAUCCGGCAGCACCGCGUCGUGCAAAUACUCGAAGAGUCAAUGGUCGGAUUGCGACCCGAAAACCAACACACGAUCCCGUACUCUGAACCUUAAGAAGGGCGACAAGUCCUGCGAGCAGACCAAGACCAUCGAGAAGAAGUGCAAGAAAGCUUGCCGAUACGAAAAGGGCACGUGGAGCGGAUGCGCGAAUCAGCUGAUGACGAGAGUGGACAAUUUGAAGGUGAACAGCGAUUCCGCCUGCGAGAAGACGCGCCGGCUCACAAAGAGGUGUAAACCGGAGACCAAUACCAAGAAGACCACCAAAGGUGAACGAUCGAAUAAGAAGUCGGGUAAGCAGUAAGUUGGUGAAGUCGUCGAUCAGUCACUCGAUGAGUGCGCAGCAAAGUUUCGACAACAGGCAACGAAAAUACAAUCUUGUCUUUUUGACGUGAAACUUUUUAAUUUUCAAAUAAAUACUGUUUAGCGUGAGCGUAAUCGAACGAAACAACAACCGACAGCAGGAAAGAAAAAUUCUGCGUUCGAAAGUUUACUGACGGUGAUCGUAAUUCGAAGGAAAAUCGUUUUCAAACGCUAUCUAGAAAAUAAUCGAGAAAGCAACGCGCGAUAUAGUAUUCGCGUAACAAUUCCCGAUACUGUAUUCUCUCGAGCGUUGCUGUUGGCGCGUAUCCGUUCGUCGGUAAUGGUUAUCGACAAUACGUGUUAGAUGUUUUCAGAAUCACUUCCAUUAUGCGUGGCCAAAUGUCAUUAGUCGCGAUGCGGGCGUGCUAAAGCGUAUAGGUGAACCUGAUAAUGCUCUUCUUAGCGGUUCCGCCGACGCUGAAAUUACUGUGUACCGAUUUACGUGUGAAUAUUGAACCAUAACCUCGAAACAGUAGCGCAGCGAGGUCGGUUACUUUUUUUCCUCUUUCGAAGCCAAGCAUAAAGCGUUGUUACGUGUAAAUAAAUAAUCGGCAAAACGUAUGACUAACAAGGCAAACUUUGUCCCCCCCCCCAAAUGUAUCUAAAAAAAAAAAAAGAAAAGGUAAUUUUGCGAAUUCACGUGCGUUCCGACACACCGUGCUACUGUCUCGACGAUCGAUUUAAAAAAAAAAAGAAAACUUCUAGUUUCAUGAAUAUUACGACUGCCGUUGAGAUCCUGUAUGAAAGAUAUUCUCGCUAGAAUAUACAUCGUUGGAGAUCCAUUCGAGUUUUCAGCGUUAAUACGAUUUAUCCACUGUAGGGCGCGUAGAAAUCCCCCAAUUAGAAAAUAACGUGUAGCGUAUCAGGAAAGAAAAAAGACGGUCGUACGAUCUCUGUGUGUUUUAAGAUGUUCAUUAACUUUGUCUUCCUCUGGUUAAAAAGGAGAAAAAAAAUAAAGAUGGCGUCGAUUGCGAGCGUUCGGUAGUUAGUUUUGAAUCCAUUGAUUUUUCGUUUCACGCACACUCCUUAUCGUAACGGUUGUUUUCAAGCUGACACUUCGGUUCCCUUUCAUCGACAUGCGGUGUUUACACUUAAAACCAGGUACAAUGUUUGUGGAUAAAGAUAUAUUCUCUCGAUUUUUCGCAUAGGUAAUAAAAUACAGUGUUUGAUGUUAACUACAUAUGUCCUUGUACGCAUCCAACGGUUUCUAAACUUUUCGGACGUUUCAUUGGUACUCGACCGCCGGUGUCGACGGUACGUUACAAAGUUUUAAUCGACGAUGCUGAUGAGAGAAACGAAGAAACGCGACUUUUCUACGAACGAGAUAGAUGAUAAUAAUUUUUGAACGUUAAAGAAGAACGAAUCGGAAAAUGUUUGUAAAUCUGUAAACGGAAGACUCUGAAACGAUUUUGUCGUGUCCCUAAGUUUGGGAACCGCUGCCUUAUAUAAUAAGUACGAUUUGAUAAUUACUACCAUUCCUCCGAUAUUGUAUUAACGAUCCCUCUCAACAAGACGUAUCCCUUUGCGUAAAAAAAAAAAAAGAAGAAGAAACGUCGCUAUAUACAGUUGUUAUAUGUGUCUCGUAUUAUCUCUGAAUGGAAAAGUUAAAAUAAUAACGAAAGCCAAAUGAGCAUGAAAAUCAAAUGAACAUAACGGAAAAGUGUCAAGCGUCUUCGUAGAGCCGGGACGCUGAUAUUAAUUAUUGGGACUCGUCCCUACGAGACGUUCCAUUGAAACUAUAGAAAUCAAACCUUUCCCCAGAUACAAGAUUGUAUUUGUUUUUAAGUCUAGAUGUAUACAAAAAAAAAACCAAAAAAAAAAGAAGUAUUCCGUUUAAAUAAAGUCAGCUGAUCCGGGCUACGAUACCGAGUGCACGCGAUAAGUCCGUGUACGAACGUUCGACGAACGCGACAUACAUGGAUUUGAUGGUGGUGUUGGUCGGUAUCGAUGAUCGUAGCUAGAUUACGUAUAUACACCAUAUCAUCAUUACGCAUAAAAUGAAGGUAAAAACUAAUCUAUCGAUAGGGUAAGGAUAGCAUUGUCUACGUUCUAUGGUCUCUUCUAAUUACUAUCAUUAAACGUCUACUAAGCAUAAUUAUUAACACUGCUUCAUCCUCUCUGUGUGGAACUCGAUGGAAGUUCUCCGUGUUUUAACUGCAUUGUAACAUAGCAGAACGAUAGAAGAAAAUACGCUACUAAUUAGAGGUUAACCGUCUUCUUAAUGCGAGGAAAGUUUCAUGGUAAAUGGAGAAGCGUUUAAUUGCUUUUUAAAUUUGAUCCAUCGCUGUUCUCGCAACGUAAUAAAAAAAAAAUGCCUUCGCAACGGUGGUGACGGUCGUUCCGAUCGUGUCAUUUAAAAGUUUUUUAAUCAUCGACCAUAUUUGAUAGUUUUUAAACUCGUUAGCAGAAUCGAAUCGUCGCGAAGAGAGAUUUUGUUCGGUGUUUUUUUUCGUUGGACGAGUUUCUUGCUGCAGAUCCAUAAUUCGCGAUUGCGUUUGGUUGAUUAAGAAAAGGCUCGCGGGAAAGAUGCAUUGGUAGAAAGUACGUCGAAGGUUUUUAGUUGCUUAGGCAAUCGAAUCAAAUUACACAUUUCCCAAAUCAAAUAUCUCGUAGUUCGUGGAAAAUCGUCAGUGAUUUAUUUACAAGCUGAUGUUAUAACUGAACGCAGAAAUUGUAUAAUGUAUCUACUUAUUAAAUAAUUGUGUAAC